UCGCUAAAUUACCCUCACUGGUGGCAGUUUUUGUCUGUAUUGCGUUUUAUUAUUUCACGAAAGAAUCACGUAGCAAAAGCUUUCAUUUGGUGUAAAAAUCUGUAAAAAAUUAAUAAAUAUUACAAGUUUUUGCUUAAUAUUAUUAUAAAAAGCAAAAGUUAAAGCAGUGUGUGGUUGAGUGUUUAAAUAACCAGGAGUACAUUCCUAUUACAAUUUACAAGCCGGUCUUGGCAAUGCUAAGGAUCCGUCUAAAAAUGGGUCCUCAUCAGCAGUUACAGCGCAGCAAGGAGUGGACAUGUUGUUUUGGCCUACAUGUUCACACCGCCACCAUUAUGAUUGGCCUUUGGCAUUUGUUUCUAAACAUUUUGGCUUUAAGUUUAUUGGCCGUUAUUAUGCGUAAUCCGCAUAUGAUGGAAGAAUUGGAAAAUAGCUAUGACUAUAAUGUGGAUCUGAAUGCACCGGCCUUGCCCACACCCUUAAGCAAAGUUGAUCCACCCUAUGCGUAUCGUGACCAUUCUUUGAACUAUCGUAAACAAUAUCAAAACUAUGAUAUGGGUGGUUUAGUGUGUACUUGCAUGAUAGCCAUUACUAUGAUGAUGAUUUAUGGCGCCAUUAAGGGUAAACCUUCUCAUCUCUUACCCUUCUUCUGUCUGCAAUUGUUUGAUUUUGCCAUUACCACAUUAACUGCGGCCGGCUAUUUGUGUUAUCUACAAGCCAUACACCGUUUAAUUGAUGAAUCUCACCGUUUGCCCUGGCGUGAAAAGCUUUUGGAAUUGUCUCCCGAAGAAUUGGUUAUAGUGGUUUUAAUCGUUUUCGUUUGUAUUGUAUUCCUUAAGGCCUAUGCCAUUGGCAUUGUCUGGCGUUGUUACAAGUACUUGACUUUGCGUCAACAAAGCAUGCGUACUUUGUUGCCUUUAGGCAUACCCGAUUUAACAGCCACCAAUUUGGGUGCCGAAGAGCGAGCUUAUUCCACCCUAUUACCCAAUUAUGAUGAGGCCGUGGCUCAGUAUAUGAAACAGGCUCCACCUCCAUCCUACCAAGUGGCCAUGUCUAAUUAUCCAAUUCAGGAGGAGGAUAAUAAUCUGCCUGGUUCAGUGGUGGUCCAGGAAGAAGAUAAUAAUAAUGAUUCUUCGAAUAACAACAAUACAGUUCAUAUUAACAACAAUACACCACCCAUGAGACGUAAUGAAAACACUGCUGGUUCCCAGGCAACCGAAGAAAUGGGGGCAGUUGGUGGCGCUGCUGCAGCUGCUGCUGCUACUACGGCUAAUGACAAUGAAGAAGCUUUGGUACCACCUCCUUCAUACAAUGAAGUUAUUAUUGAGCCGGUUUUACCCUCUCCAGAGGUAACUACUAGAGGUGAUGCUGCUGUUGGGGCUGCUAAUAAUAACUCUUCAUCAGUGGCUACAACUAAUAUUGCUCAACCUAAUAGUAACGAAAGUCAAGCUUAAAAUGUAUUUUAAGUCAUCAGACAUCCAUGUUUUUCAAAGGUAAUUUUUUAUGGGGGGUUUGUGUUGCAGAAAUUAAGGAGGGUUGUUGUGUUUUGUUGGGAAGAUAAAGGGGGGAGUUUUAUGUAUAUAAAACAAAAUUAUUUUGUUAUAAAUGAUGGCAUGAAUUAUUAUUCUUAUCUCUAUUAACAGCAAAAGCUUAACAUGGAACUUAAUUUUAAAAAUUUUCCGUUAAAAUUUUAACUAUAAUAAAUGCUGUAGUUACACAUAAGUAGUAGCAAUUUUAUUUUUAAAAUUUAAUAUUUUUUUUCAAAUUAGGCAGCUUUUUGAAAUUUAGUUCUUUAUUUUUAUGGGAAAUAUCUUUAGAAAAAAUAUUUAGGUCUUGAAAUUUUCAACAAUUUUGUUUAUAUAUUUGAUUCAUUUAUUGAUUAAAACAUAUUAUAGUACUUUUCCCAUAAUGUAUUAAGAUAGGUACUUUUUACAGAUAGGUACUUCAGUACUUGGUAAUUUUUGAGAAAAUGUGAAAUAUGGUGUUUUCUCCAAAUAAAACUAUGCAUGUUUUUAAAAAAGUACUAAGUACAUUAAUUUGGUACUUUUUUUAAAUAAGUGCUAAAUGGUAUUUUCUUGGUACUUUCUUAAAAAUCACUAAAAAGUACCCUUUUGUAUCGGAAAUCAAUAUAGACCUUUCUUCAAAAAAGUACUUUUUUAAUAAAGUACUAAACGUGAAAUUUUCUUCAAAAACGAGUUUUCUC